CGCAUUUUUCCGCCCUCCCGGCUCUGCGGCCGUGCUCGCUUCCCGGAGGAAGGCACCGCGCUGCCUCGGAGCCCGAGGAGAGGGGCCCCGCGUCCCACCGAGCCCCAGGGCCCCUGCGGAUGUGCGAAGCUCUCCGCCGGCCGCCGGUUCCCAGCCGGGCGCAGCACCUCUUUGUCCUCCCGCACCUACGGCUUUUCAAUCCUGAUUCCCUUUAAGCAGACCUGAACUUAAAACCACCGGGGUCCGGAAGGGCUUUGGGGUGGGGGGGGAAGGCCCAGCGACGCUGCCAGACCGACCCCUGCCCAUUCCUCCUAAGGAACUCUCAUGGCUUCACGGCUGCAGACAAGUUGCCGUGCAUCUCGGUGGACUAUCGGAGUUUGCAUCCUGGCGGCCGCGCUCCUACCAGGGCUGCAAGCUCAGACUGUCUUAGUCAAUGACACAGUCUCGGGCUUUAUCGGAACAGACGUGGUCCUGCACUGCAGCUUCACCAAUCCACUCCCCAAUGUGAAGAUCACGCAAGUGACAUGGCAGAAAGCCACCAAUGGCACCAAGCAGAAUGUGGCCAUCUACAACCCUGCCAUGGGGGUCUCCAUCCUCUCACCCUACAAAGAGCGGGUGACUUUCCGGAAUCCUUCCUUCAAAGACGGCACCAUUCAGCUCUCCCGGCUAGAGCUGGACGAUGAGGGAGUUUACAUCUGUGAGUUUGCCACCUUCCCAGCCGGCAACCGGGAAAGUCAGCUCAACCUCACUGUGCUGGCCAAGCCCACAAAUUGGAUGGAGGGCACCAAGCGGCCACUUAUUGCUAAGUCUGGCAGGACAGAAAAGAUCUUGGUAGCUACCUGCACCUCCUCUAAUGGGAAGCCCCCCAGCACUGUCACCUGGGACACCAAGCUCAAAGGGGAAGCGGAGUUCGAGGAGAUCCGGAAUAGCAAUGGCACCAUCACCGUGAUCAGCCGGUACCGGCUGGUGCCGAGCCGGGAAGCCCAUCGCCAGCAGCUCAUGUGUGUGGUCAAUUACCAGCUGGACCGCUUUACCGACAGCAUGACCCUCAACGUGCAGUAUGAGCCAGAAGUCACUAUCGAGGGCUUUGAUGGCAACUGGUUCCUCAACCGGAAGGAUGUGAAGCUGAUAUGCAAAUCUGAUGCCAACCCCCCAGCUCACACCUAUGAAUGGAAGCUGCCAAAUGGGACUCUGCCAGGGAGCGUGGAAAUCCAGAACAACACCAUCUACUUUAAAGGGCCCGUCUCCUACAGCGUGGCUGGCACCUAUGUCUGUGAGGCCUCCAACGCCAUCGGUACCCGGUCGGGGUUGGUGGAAGUCAAUGUCACAGAAUUUCCCUACACCCCGUCUCCAAUCGAUGAUCGCAAAUCCAUGGUGCAGCCGAACAUCCCCACACCGGUGAUUGGGGGCAUAGUGGGAGGAGUCUCGCUGGUCCUGGUGGUGGCCGUGGUGCUCUUUGUGGUACUCCGGCGCCGGCGUCACACCUUCAAGGGUGACUACAGCACAAAGAAGCACGUGUACGGCAAUGGCUACAGCAAGGCCGGCAUCCCGCAGCAUCACCCCCCCAUGGCCCAAAACCUCCAGUACCCCGAUGACUCGGACGACGAGAAGAAGCCGGGCCAGCUGGGCGGCAGCACGUAUGAAGAUGAGGAUGAGGAUGCAGGAGGCGAGCGCAAGCUGGGUGGCCCCAACAAAUACGAGGAGGAUGCUAAGCGGCCUUACUUCACGGUAGACGAAGGGGAAGCGCACCCCGAACCUUAUGACGAAAGGACACUCGGCUUCCAAUACGACCCGGAGCAGCUCGACAUCGCGGAGAACAUGGUCUCACAGAACGACGGAUCCUUCAUUUCCAAAAAGGAGUGGUACGUGUAGCUCGGCACCGCAUCGCUCCACAUCACACCCACACACAUCCACAUCCAUACACACGCACCACGAGUGAUGCCCUCCCACUGCCCCGCAUCCCAGCCGAGCGGAGCCGAGCGUGCGCGGCCGCUCACACACACACUUGCACGCACAGUGCUCACCCCCCUGCACACGCACGCCUGCCCCAGGCGCUCGAGCAGAGACUUUGGAUGCUGCCAGCAGUGGCAGGAGGGCAGCUUUGCUUACAGAUCAUUUGGGGGGGACGGGUGGGAGGUGGGAGGUUGGGUAAUUAUUUUCUCCGUUCUUUUGGUUUUUGCUUUUUAAUUUCCCUCGAUGAAUUUUCGUCCCCUUCUGUGGUGUUUGUAUUGGUCGGUGGCUUAGGUGUUACUAUUUGCUUUAACGACUGUUGCCCAGCCUGUAUAUUACACUCUUGUUUGUGUCUUCAUGUCUCAGAGUGCCCUUCGGCCCCACUUCCCUCCCCGAGGUUCCUCCUCCCACUUCCGCACCCCUGAAACACUGGAAUUUGUUUGUAUGUUGUCUUCUCUGUUGUUUUUUAACCUUGGGAGGGGGUCCUGUGGGCUGUCCAUAGAAGGACAGAGGCCAGGGAUGAUUAUGGCAAUGGAAACGUAGGUGCCAUUAUAAGGUGAACUGAUUGACUCUUUUUCCCCAAUCACUUUGUUUUCAGUGGGGUCUGGGUAUCCCAUUGCCCACUGCAUGCCUGGGGAGAUCCGCUCCUCCUUUCUAAUGACUCCAAAACAAACCAGGAGAAUUAGAAGCAAGGGGGGAGAAAAAGCCCUUAGACCAAACCCCAGGUGCAUGGGCUGAUAGCAGGGCAGGGAAACAGCUGCCGUUUUCCUCCUCCAAUUUAUUAUUUCCUGGCUUUUCAUUUUCUGUCUUUGUUUGAGUGUUCUUUUAAAAGAAAGGAAAGGAGUAUUUAUUGCUGACAUUUCCCCCCUGUGAUGGCUCAGAGAAAUACUGGCUCUUUUUGUUCUUGUUGCUGUUGUUGUUGCCCGUACCAGCCACAGAGCAGUUAACUCUGGCACUAUGGUCAUGCACACACCUGGGGAAGGGGACUAACUGAUACCACUUUGCUUCUUCCACAAGCCCACUGCCCGGCCCUGGCAGGGCAGCUCUCCCAGUGUACCAUCCAGUGUCUUUGAGGGCUUCAGCACAGGAUCAGGCCCCUAAGUUUUAUUAUACCACUAAGACUUAAUUGUCAUGUGUUUACACGAGGAGGGGGUGUCAGAGCAUGGGGGUACUUCUCUUUAACUCUCCUAGCAACAACCCCAGCCUUUAUAUCCAUUAGUCUGCAUUGAUUGUCCCUUUUUCAAUAUCACAUCCCUCUUCUAAGCAGAGCCUUGGUAGACAGGGCAGGAUUGAGUGAGCCUGGGGUAUUGAUCUUGUCCUCCUUCCCUUGAGCCACUGUGUUGUGAUGGGAAGGCUUGGAUUGCUGCUAUCGCUGCUCUGUGGAUAAGUGUGAUUCCAGACUUCAGGGCCCCUCUGACACUGACCAUAUCCAGAUCAGAUUCACUGGGUUGGGGCUUAUUUUCUUUCUUGUGGGUUGUUUUCAUUUUCUUUUUUUUUUAAGUUGAUGUACAAAUAAAUGUUUUGUUUGAAAAGAAA